AUGGCAGCAUCAGGCGCACUCCCUGGUCUCUUUUUCUGCUUUGCGGCAAUGGUCCUCCUCAUUUUUGUUUCUGUGUCACCACCAACAUGGAACAGCGUAUCAUUUCUCAAUGCCAACCAAUACUCCUUUGGUGUAUUCGGUUAUACGGGUUCGAAGGUUCAAGUUGGUUACUACUUCCCUCUCCCCGGAGAUAUCAACACCGGAAUACUUCACAAUCUCACCUUCGUUCUUAUUCUCUAUCCCAUUGCAGCGGGUCUUUCCGGUCUUGCACUCCUCUUCGGAUUGUGUGGCGCUGCAUACCACCGUGCGGGCACCGUAUUCAUGAGUUUGCUCUCUGGACUUGCCACGCUGUGCACUUUCAUUGCAUGGGUCGUUAGCAUGUCCCUGUUCGGUGUCGUCAGAAGUCGCCUGAGAAGUAAUGGCAUUGGCGCCAAUUGGGGAAACGCGAACUGGCUUGCGCUUGGCGCGCUGGUUGCGCUGAUUCUAGGCUUCUGCACCGCAGCUUGUGGAGUAUUUGGAAACUACAGGCGUUCAAGGAACAAUCGGUGA